AUGAGGUUGAAGUUGAAGUUGAGGUCGAAGUCUCUUUUGACGUCGUCGUUCCUUUUAGCGGGCGGUGAAACCUCAGCGCUGGGCAGAAAGAAGGUAACGUGCCGCCGGCCGCCGCCCAGGGAAAAGAAAAGCAGCACAGCCAGAAAGUCCACCGCCGUGGAUCUCUUUGCUUCUUCUCCUGCUUCUGCUUCUUCUGAUUCUUCUCAUUCUUCAGUCGCCCACUUCGUCUCUCUGGCUAUGUUUUCUUAUUCUUCCUCCUUUGGCUCCUUGCUUUUUCUCUCUCUCCCUCUCUUCCUUUUCUCUUUCAGCCCUUUGGCUUUUUUUCUCCUUACUUUCUCUCAGAAUUUCGUUACCUGGACUAACAGGCAGGAAAAAAGCAAGAAUUAA